CUGCGGGGCGGGGGGGGGGAAGCGCAGCCCGGCGGUUGUUUACCGGGGAGGGGAGCGGCGGGGCAGGUCUCGCCGCGGAGCCGAGCUGCGCGCCCGGGCUGGCGGCGGCUCCUCGCCUCCUCCGCUGCGCCGAGGAUGCUGCGCGGGGGUCCGCGGCGGGCGGCGGCGGCGCUGGGCGUUGUGCUGCUGGGCUCGCUGGUGCUGGCGGCCCGCGGCGCUGAAGAGUGCCUCCGCGGCAACGGCGCGUCCUACCGAGGAAGCCAGCGAGUGGCCUCCGGUGGUGCCCCGUGCCUCAACUGGCUGGCGGUGCGGAGCGGCCCCGGCGCCGCGCUCCCGGCAGCAGCCGCCGAGGACCACAACAGCUGCAGGAACCCGGACGGCGACGCCGCGCCCUGGUGUUACGUCCGAGGCGCUGCCGGGGUCCCCGAGCGGCGACCCUGCGACAUCGCCCCGUGCUCAGAUGCUACAGCUGCCACAGCUGCCACAGCCCCAGUCUCUACAGAAGAAGCUGGUACUUCCGAGGAGGUGGAUCAGGUGUUUGAACCGGCUGAUACCUUGCCCUCCCGGAGUGAGGCAGCAGCUGUGCAACCCGUCAUUGGGAUCAGUCAGAGAGUGCAGAUGAACUCCAAAGAAAAGAAGGACUUAGGGACACUAGGGUAUGUGCUGGGGCUGAUCAUGAUGGUGAUAAUCAUUGCCAUUGGAGCUGGCAUUGUCCUGGGAUACAUCUAUAAGAGGGGGAAAGACCUGAAGGAAAAGCAUGAACAGAAAGUUUAUGAGCGUGAAAUGCAGCGUAUCACACUGCCACUGUCCGCAUUCAGCAAUCCUGCCUGCGAGCUUGUAGAUGAGAGCACAAUCGUGGUGCACACUAACCAGACACCUGUGGAGGACACGCAGGAUGGUGGUGGCCCACUCAUGGGGCAGGCGGGUACUCCUGGUGCCUGAGCAGCUCGGGCAGGAGCAAUACAGGCUGAGCAAAGCCUCCAGCUUCCCACUGUGAGUGCGGGGGUGCGUGUGUUCAUUUCUAUUUUGUUUUCUUUUUGAUGAAAGCCAGAUGAAGGUGAUGCAGAGGGAGAGAACAAUGGGCUAUUCAUCACGAUCUGUUUGAGGGGCACCAUUCAGUGCAUGACCAGCUGGGGACUGGUGCGGUGGACCCUGCUGCUUCCUCCCACCUAUCUCCAUGGAGUGCCAGGGAGCUGGGGGGGAUGAUGGGCCAGGCUCUCAUGUGGUCGCAGAUCCCACAGCCUGGAGCGUGGUCUUGGCUUUUUCUGUUCCUUUCCUAUUUAACGGUGUGCACUGUUACUUAAGUUUCAGCCUGGAACCCCAGGAGGGAGCAGUACUACAGGGACUGAGGGGAGCUUCGUGUCAGGCUUAGCUUGGUAAUUACACUGAUUAUAGUUCCUGCCUUUUUGCUUUAGUGGCUGAGAGCUGGAGACGCUGUCCAGAAUCCUGCUACUGGAUCGGUUUCUUUUUCCAAGAAACAGUUUAUCUGGGGGUUGACUUUGGCCAGGAGCUGUAUGUUUAGCCUAGUUUCAGUUUGGAAAAGCUCUUCUCAAGCUAUUGAUAAAUCCAGGUCUUCCAGGGCUGAGGCCAGAUCUCCAUUCCCCUGUGGUGCUACAUGAACAGCCACAGUUGCAGGUAUCCAGGUGGUCUGUGCCUCCUGCUCACUUAGAGCAGGAGACCAAAGGCCAGCAGUAGACAGUUGUGAGGAAAGCAAACUGCCCUUCAGUUACCUACAGCAGGUAGAGCACUGUGGAUAAAUAACAGCCUCUUCUGAAUUCCCUUGGCUUUCCACAGAGCCAGCUCUGGACAGAGUGGCCAAGCAGCUAUGGAGGUCACUGACCAUGACACAGCAGCUCUUGCUCUAAGGGCAGGAUACAGCAGCUGCUCUUGCAAGAUCCUGAAGUUAGAGCAUGGCUCCUGGCUCAGCCUCCUUCACACGCACUCAGCUUGUGCAGCGAGACCACUUGCUUACAGAGCCUGGCAUUUUGUAACAACUUUUAUUAGCAUUUCAGGGGGUUUGGAAGGGAUGGUUGCUGCAGUGUCUCCCAAAAGGCACCAAGGCAAGGCCAGUUCAGGGAAACACCCAUCCCCACCUCAGGGGAUUCAAGCCAUUCAAGUAAGUUUUCUAGCCAUCUGCUUUAUAGCUGUGGGCCUAACAGGGAGCAGCACUUGUCAGCAGGGGUUUUAGCGUUUGAUUCAGAAAAGGGAAACGUUUUAUUUUUAAAUGCCUUUGAAUACCAUUUCUUUGUAAAAUGUUUUAAAUACCUCAUUAUGAGAAGGUGCAGAUUGUGCUACCUUGGAUUAAAGCUUAAAAGAAAACUGCAAUGUA